CUUUAACCGUCAUCUCUUAUGAACGAAAUACCCCAGCAAUUCGCCCUCACAGUGGCCUUUGAGCUUGAAAUAUUCGAUAGUACAGGGAGCGCAGUCAAGUUUGGCUCUCUUCUUCCCUCGGAUGUGGCGGGGAAAGUUGUCGUGGUUUUCAUUAGGCACUUUUUCUGUGGAUCAUGCAAGCAAUAUGUGGAACAGCUCGCUUCUGUACCAAAAGAAUCCCUCGAUAAGUCCAACGUUCGAAUCAUCAUAAUCGGAUGCGGGCACUCUGACGCUAUCUCGGUCUACAAAGAAUCUACUAAAUUUCCGGGCCAGAUCUAUGCAGACCCAAGUCGGAAAUUGUAUCAUGCCCUCGGUAUGAAUAUAGAAACCCUCGCCGCAACACCGGCUUGGAAAGAGAAACGCAGUUAUCUGAAGCUUGGCACGUUCUCCAACGUUGUAUCUAGUAUCUUCAAAGGACCACUCCAGACUCCCGGCCUCAUCGGCAAACAAGGCAAUAUAUCCCAGCUGGGCGGCGACUUUGUCUUUGGACCAGGAAAACAUUGUAUCUUUGCCUCUCGUAUGCAGCAUACGGAAGAUCAUGUCGAGGUCUCGGAAUUGAUGAAGCAUGCUGGCGUUGAUUUUUGAACGUGUAAUAGUACUAAUAGCCUUUCGUUGUAUAUUCAUGAAUUGGGCUAUCCGCGAUUCCGCC